UCAAAGUAGAUUUGUUGUGCCUUGUAUCAAGCCAAGGAUGAAAAUACCCCGUGGGCAUGCAGAAGGGGGUCAUGGGACUCCCAAAAGGAUUACCUUGAACUGGAGUCAUGGGACUUGGGCGAACAAAGACUUUGCUCACAUGCUCAUCAUAUUAGCCUGCCCUCAUAAAGUGAAGAAGUUUCUUGUCCUUUGGGAUUCAAUGGGAGAGCAGCAGAAGAGGAAGGCUCAGCCAGAGGAGCAGCAGACUUCUCCUCGCUCCUAAAACACCAAUGUGUUGCAGUUUCAGGCAGUAGGACUGUAAGGCUCCAGCAGAGGCAGAGGACUGGGUGCGCAGAAAGCUUGGAUUGAGAGGACAUUUCUAAAGCGGGAAUGUGUUCACAUAUUUCCCAGCAAGGACCCAACCAGAUGUGCCUGUGGCCAGCUGGUGACGCAGCAUGUGGCUAUCCCUCCUGGUGCCAGUUCCAUAGCAGAGGCGACGCCGUUGGUACAGAUUGAGACCCCCAAUGAAAAAUGGAGUGUGGUGAAACACACCAGGACCUAUCCUACAGACUCCUACGGGCUCAUCGAGUUUCAGGGAGGAGGAUUCAUUAACAAGGCCAUGUACAUCCGGGUUUCUUAUGACACCAAGCCUGACAACCUCUUGCAUCUGAUGGUGAAGGACUGGCAGCUGGAGUUGCCAACGUUGCUCAUCUCGGUGCAUGGUGGUCUCCAGAACUUUGACCUCCAACCCAAACUCAAGCAAGUGUUUGGCAAAGGCCUGAUAAAAGCAGCUGUCACCACAGGAGCUUGGAUCUUCACGGGCGGAGUGAACACAGGGGUGAUCCGUCAUGUGGGCGAUGCCUUAAAGGACCAUUCAUCCAAGUCACGAGGGAAGGUGUGCGCAAUAGGGAUUGCCCCGUGGGGUAUCUUGGAGAACAAAGAGGACCUCAUUGGGAAAGAUGUAACCAGACCCUAUCAAUCCAUGGCUAACCCACUUAGCAAGCUUGCAGUGCUCAACAGUAGCCACUCUCAUUUUAUCCUCACUGACAACGGAACCUGUGGGAAGUAUGGCUCUGAGGUCAAACUCCGGCGGCUGGUGGAGAAACACAUUUCCUUGCAGAAGAUCAACACUCGUUUGGGUCAGGGUGUUCCUCUUGUGUGCCUGAUAGUGGAGGGAGGUCCCAAUGUCAUCUCUAUCACUUUAGAGAGCCUGAGGGAUGAGCCUCCCAUCCCUGUGGUGGUGUGUGAUGGCAGCGGCCGUGCUUCUGACAUCAUAUCCUUCGCACACAAGUUCUCAGAGGACGGAGGCCUGGUUAACGAUGACGUCAGAGACCAGCUCUUGGUCACGAUCCAGAAGACGUUCAAUUAUAGCAAAAGUCAGUCUCAGCAGAUCCUGCUCAUGGUAAUGGAGUGCAUGAAAAAAAGGGAGCUGGUGAGUAACAGUCGAGGUUUUAUAUGCAUUUAAAAUCAUCUUUCAUUUCAGUAUCAUUUGUUUGUCACUCAAUAAACAUUUCUAAUUUCAUCAAGUGUCCAUUGUUGUUCAUAUAGCCAUUCCAUUCGUCUGUGUUAAUCUCCAUUAACAGAGUGAAUAAACA